GUUGCCCUAUGUGUUUUUUUUUCUUGUUUCAGGUAUUGAAUGACCCCAUAAACCUAAAUUAAUGCAUGCAAACUAAACUUAUCUUGAGUUAGCAGAAUGUUCUGAAACUCACGCUGCCAUUACCAGUUGGGGUGUCCCUUAUUCUUGCGGAAAUGGUCACCAUUUUGUUUGUGAGAUACGCAAACUCCGUCUAUCACGUUUUUACGCCAACACCUGUGUGCAACUUUUAUAAUUUUGAUCAAUUUCCUUCACCCUCAUCUCUCCCUGCUCUUAGUCUCAUCCUUUUUUGCUUGAAGGUCAAAAUGAGAGGAUUCUUGAUCAUAACUCUGCCCUACAAACAACUGACUGCACUCAUACCACAGAUGGUCACCAGAGCAUGUGAAUAUGCCAAAGAUGACCUGUAUAUUCACCUUGAUUCUGCCUCAAUUUUUGAGGAUCCCGGAAAAAUGCAUCAUAGCACAUGGCCUAUCAAAGCAUCAAGUCAAGUUAUCCAGAAACUUUAUGGAUCAUUCUCAACAGUAGCACCUCAACUGGAUACCAGGAUUAUCAUGUCUGGAUUCAAAGGCCACUCCAUAAUACCAAAUAAUCCAAGAUUACAGCCUGCAAACCUCCUUGUAGAUCACUUAGAUGAUGAGAAAUUGAAGUAUUUGAGAGCCAAGUAUAAAUGUUAUUUCAAUUUGAAAGAGCCCAUAACUUUAUUAACAGAUGAAGAUGUUAGUAAUUGUUCAGUUAUAGCUGAGGCCUUGGGAGGAAGCAUUAGCUCUGAAACCAAUGAGAAAGUUUAUGAAAACAUUGUUGCUGGAGGCACAUUUGAUCGCAUUCAUCCUGGUCAUAAAAUUCUUUUGGCAGAAGGUCUCUUGAGAUGCAGAAAUAGAUUUACAAUUGGAAUGGCAGAUGGCAUAUUAUUGGAAAAGAAGACAUUAGCUCCAUUGAUUGAGCCUGUCGAGGUUCGAAUUGAAAAUUUGAAGAAUUUGCUUGAAGACAUGGAUCCAUCAAUUGAGUUUUGUUUGGAACCAAUUAUUGAUCCUUGUGGUCCCAGUGGAAAAGAUCCAAGAAUGGAAAUGAUCAUUGUAAGCCAGGAAACAUUGAGGGGUGGCCAUUUUGUGAACAAGACUAGAGCUGAACGUAAUUUGAAUCAGUUGGAUGUGGUAGUAAUUGAUCUGGUUAAUGAUGAGAACAGAAAUGUUCAUGAAGAAGAAAAAUUGAGCUCAAGUUCUAGACGCAUGCGUUUACUUGGCACCUGUUUACAAGAUCCUAAUCUUUCAAACAAGCUUGAACCUUCCCCUUAUAUUAUUGGGCUUACUGGUGGAUCUGCCAGUGGGAAGUCGAGCAUAGCUUCUCGUCUGAAAAGCUUUGGUGCCAGCAUUAUUGACUGUGAUAAACUUGGACACAAAGCCUACCUGGAAGGAACAGAGUGCUAUUCAAAACUAGUUGAAGCUUAUGGGCCAAAAAUAUUGAAUGAAACUGGAGAGAUAAAUCGGAAAGCUCUUGGCGCUUUGGUCUUUGGUAAUCAAGAGAAGUUAAAUCAGCUCAAUUCUUUAGUGUGGCCUGAGAUUCUGCUGCUGCUAAAGAAUAAAGUGGCUGAACUUAAAAUACAAGGAGCCAAACUCGUUGUUGUUGAUGCUGCGGUGCUUCUUGAAGCACAGUGGGACCUGCAAUGUCAUGAAGUGUGGGUGUGCGUGUUGCCCGAGAGCGAGGCAGUGCGUCGUAUCUGUGAGCGUGACGGCUGUAGCGAGGAGCUCGCCCAGCAGCGUCUACAGCGCCAGAUGCGGGACGACGAGAGAGUGAAGAGAGCGCACGUUGUCUUCUGCAGUCUUUGGGACUACAGCUACACCACACAGCAGGUCCUCACUGCCUGGCGACGACUGCAGCGUCAGGGCAUUGUUGAUGAUCCACUUGUAACACUCAACAGCCCGCUCUGAAUUACCUUCAUCAAUAAAUCAGUCGGUGAUUAACAUUCCAGCAGGAUUUUUUGCUCAACUAGGUGCGCUAAUGUGCUGCCUAUGCUAUAUUAGAUGCUAUGAUUCGUGCAAACCUCUUGCAGGGCAUAAAGCUUUGGAAUUUUAGCACGAAUAAAAGUUUUUUUUGGCAGACAAAAAACUUGUGAGAAGUUUUUUGAAUGUUGACGAUGUGAUAACACGAUAACUGAUACUCAGGAGAAUUAUGCAAUGAACUGAAUAAAUCAGUUUUAUACAGCUACUUUUUUAGAGUGUUUGGUAUUAUAUCUGACUUGAAACUUACGCGUGCAAUUUUAUUGAGUUUGUAAGGGUCUUGCAUAAUUGUAGUCCUUUCACAGAUUUUUGUGGAAACCUGAGUGACCAUUGCUCUGGUAGCUGAAACUGUAGUCAAAUAGCGAUUGUUUACGUUUUCCAUUGCGCCAUCAUACUGGAAAUAUUGCCGUAUAAAGAUUAUGAACAUAUCUCCGUCUCGUUCAAGUACCAAGUAAUAGGUACUACAAAUUUAUCAUUGUGGUGUUUUGACGGAAUAAGGUACUGGUGAAUUUUGACUAGUUCACCAUUAUCGUUGGAUUGCUAUUACAUUAUCGAUUGUUGUCCUUAGUAUUUACAAUUUCAUAUCCACCUAGUUCCAUGAAUAAUUUAUAAUGCAUCGAAUUUUUAAAUGCUUCAACAGAAAAAACAUUACUUCAUUUACAUGGUACACAUGCUCUCAAAAAGUCAAUCAAUGUGAAGCCAAAAGCUUCGAGUCGGCACGAUAUCAAGAACAACAUGGAAGUUAGUUACUAAUCUCGCCCUCACAGUAUUGCACAUCCAUGCAUUUGUGGUCGCUGCUAGUCUAGUUAGGACCUUUGAUAAGGUGGCGAAAUGAUUGCUAAUUCUGCUUUCAGUGAUCAGUAUAGUCUCCCUCCAACGGC